AUGACUGGACUAGACCUCAAGUUUGGCGCCGUGAUCGCCGUCGCCCUUCUGUGCGUCUUUGUCGGCCUCGGUGCUGCUGGUGCUGCUCCUGGUCCCGGCCCCGCCUUCUCCAAGAGAACCGAGAUGCCGCUCAAGUACCAGUACACGUGGAAACUCUACAGCCUCAACGUGUCGGGCUAUUGCAACAUCGACUACAGCGACCCCGUCAACCGUCCGCUCAAGUGCGGCGCCGCGACCGCCAACACCACCUUUGCCCUCACGGGCACCGAUCCGUCCAUCGUGUCGCAGGAUUGGGUCCAGACCCCGUCGAUCCCCGCCAUCCUCAACCCGCUCCGAAGCACCAGCGGCUGGUUCUCCAUGCUCAAGGUUGAAGGCACGGGCAGCGGCGACAGCACGCAAUACUAUUAUAGCGGCCAACCCAUCAAGUUGCUCGAUGCGCGCCUCAGCCCCACCACCUAUGCGCGCGUCAACCCGGCCACCGGCUACGUCGUCUUUGACUCGACCGACCCCGCCACCACUGGAAGCGGCCCCACCAUCUUCCGUAUCGACGCAGUGCAGCAGCCCUAG